UCUAAACUUCUCAUCCAUUUGGAGUUGGUUGGGAUUGGGAAGAGUCCCAGCCGCCCCAUUCCUGGACCAUUCCCAAUUCGUCAUUCCCAUCAUUGUCUGUCGUUACCUCUCUCUCUCUUCCCCCUUUUCUCCUUUAACGGUUCUGAGUUUCGGAUUCUGCUUUAUCGUCGCCGGCCAGCAACCGGCUCCUGCCAUCGAAGCAUAGACUCUUCAAAUUUUUAGAAACCAGAUCCGCUUCUAUUUCUUGUUCUCCCAACCUUUCGUCUCGUUCUUUUUCUAAGGCUCAAGAUGAUUGCAAUUCCGUAUUUGACUGCAUUAACUACUUACUUUAGUUACGGCUUGCUCUUCGCCUUCGGUCAAUUGAGAGAUUUCGGUCGGAAACUUAUGGAUUGGUUCAGCUCUAACAACCUCCAGGGUUACGCUCCGAUCUGCUUAGGACUCGAGGAUUUCUAUAUCCGUCGACUAUAUCUUCGUAUUCAGGACUGCUUUGGCAGACCAAUAGCAAGUGCUCCUGAUGCUUGGUUUGACGUUGUUGAACGCUAUUCAAAUGAUAAUAACAAGACACUGAAAAGAACAGAAAAAGUUAGCAGAUGCCUCAACUUGGGAUCAUACAACUAUCUUGGCUUUGCGGCAGCAGAUGAAUACUGCACACCCCGGGUAGUUGAGUCAUUGAAGAAGUAUUCUCCAAGUACUUGCAGCAGUCGGGUGGAUGGGGGCACAACUGCAUUACAUAAUGAACUCGAGGAGUGUGUUGCAAACUUUGUUGGAAAGCCGGCAGCUCUGGUUUUUGGUAUGGGCUAUGUGACAAACUCUGCUAUUCUUCCGGUCCUCGUGGGGAAGGGAAGCUUAAUCAUCAGCGAUUCAUUGAACCACAACUCCAUUGUCAAUGGUGCACGAGGAUCUGGAGCUACUAUUCGUGUUUUUCAACACAACAUACCAUCUCACCUUGAAGAGGUUUUAAGAGAACAAAUUGCAGAGGGACAGCCAAGGACCCAUAGGCCUUGGAAGAAGAUAAUUGUCAUUGUGGAAGGGAUUUACAGCAUGGAAGGGGAGCUUUGUAAACUUCCAGAGAUCAUAGCAAUAUGCAAAAAAUAUAAGGCAUAUACUUAUUUGGAUGAGGCACACAGCAUUGGAGCAGUGGGCAAGACAGGUAGAGGUGUUUGUGAGCUCUUAGGCGUGGAUACUGCUGAUGUUGACAUUAUGAUGGGGACAUUCACCAAAUCCUUUGGAUCAUGUGGGGGAUACAUUGCAGGAUCUAAGGAACUUAUCCAAUACUUGAAGUACACUUGCCCUGCUCAUCUUUAUGCAACUUCAAUUUCACCACCAGCUGCGCAACAAAUAAUAUCUGCCAUAAAAGUCAUUCUUGGAGAGGAUGGCUCCAACAGAGGUGCCAAGAAACUUGCGCAAAUUCGUGACAACAGCAAUUUCUUCAGGUCAGAACUGCAAAAGAUGGGAUUUGAGGUCCUUGGGGAUAAUGAUUCUCCAGUAAUGCCAAUCAUGCUCUACAACCCAGCCAAGAUCCCUGCUUUCUCAAGGGAGUGCCUUAAGCAGAAUGUUGCCAUUGUGACAGUGGCAUUUCCAGCAACCCCCUUACUGUUAGCAAGAGCACGCAUAUGCAUAUCUGCUUCUCAUUCAAGGGAAGACCUUAUUAAAGCUUUGGAGGUUAUCAGCAGAGUUGGUGAUUUAGUGGGUAUAAAAUACUUUCCUGCUGAGCCAGUUAAGCAGCGGACAGAGGGCAAGGAUAGGAAGACUGAUUAAGUGAAGAAGCUAUUGCUUACGAGCUAAAAUAGGAGUAAUUGAAGUCAGGAGCCAUGGAAAGCGAUUUUGUUUCAAUUUGUCAUGGGUAGUUUUUUAAAAUCUACCGGUACGCCCUGCGCUUGUAUUUAAUUUUACUGCCAUCGCCGAAGCGUUGGACUUGGAUGGAGCAGCAGAACACGAGAUUUAUCCUCAGACGCAAGGGAAUUUGCCCUGUUGCAGGGAAAUCUAUCCAUCUCUCAGUCUGGUCAUGAGAUAAUUUGUGUAGUUGCAGCUGUAAUUGUCCCUGUGUAUUGUGCUUAUUCAUUGGAAAUUGGAACUUGCUUGUAUAUGAGGGAUCACAUGGGAGAAUGGAAUUUUAUUGAUUGGUGGGUGAAUCAUAGUCACAUUUGCGAGCCCUUUUUUUAAUAUGAAAUCCCUUGACAGUGCAUGUAACAGUGACUUUCAGUUAUAAAUUAGUGCGGGAAAAAAUAAUCCGUUUAGUCAAGAA